AGGGAAGGAAGAUUGUCUACUGGAAGUUCCUCCAGCAGAAUACACUCACUCCGAAGGAGUGAGGGAUUCAGAGGAAGGAACCACCAGAAAAUAAUCUGAGCGACUCCAUUGCACAAUAUAUGAAAUUACAGCAAGACACUUUGCAUGAGCUAUUGAAGAGGAAGCAGGCUAGUCUUUAAGUCUUUCAAGGCUAGGCAAACCCAGAGUAAAUCUCCACUGAGGAUCAAAUUUGGUCAGGAAUCCAAUCAAAUUUUGACUGGGGAUGAUGCAAAGGUUAGCAACUUAAGAGGCAGGAAUAAAGCAAACUUUAUUCUUCUGGGCACCGGCAAUGUGGAUCGCCCCGAAGGUGAAGCGGGAAGUUCGCCAGGUUUCAGAGACCCAAAAUCGAAACUUUUCGGCAAAAUUGAUUUUAAAUAAGCUGAAUCAGAGGAAGUCUGUGGAGAAAAAUCAGAAAUGUGAUCAGUUUGAUAAGAUUCUGGUGCCAGAUGUAUUCUUGCCUCAGAGCCAGGGAUGAGCUCCCACAAAGAUAGACAGAAUUCUAAGAACUGAACUCAACCGGAGUACAGAUUUGCCACAGCAUCAGAAAGAUAAUUUAGCCCCUAGCAGGAACUCGCAAGAGUUAAGCAGCUUGAAUAGUAAGAAAAAGCCCAUCUGGAUGAGCUCAGAGUUCAGGCUGAAAGCAGGGAAUACCCCUCUUCCAGCUAUUUUCUCGAAUCAUUCUCUUUCACAGUCCUCAAGUCGAGAAAGAUCUGGCUUAGGCAUUAAGAAAGUGCUGCUUGCGAAGCGGAGGAGAGGGGCUAAGUCAAAAUUUAGGAUACCUCAGAAUUGGAGAAAAGCCCAGGGUGAAGUCCUUGAACCAGACCAAAGGGGUUCGGGCAAGUACUCUUAUUUCACUUCUGCUCAGAUCCUUAACUCAAGAAUUUCAAACAGAAAUCUCACAGUUGACGGAUCUGUAGAUCUUACAGCUAAACGAAUGAAGAUCAAUUGGGCUCCGGAAAUGUCUUCUCGAUAUAGCUCAAUAUCUCGCAAAAAGCUGCCUAAGAGGAUGGCUCACAAUUAGCCACAAUAAAAAGCUGAGGUUUAGGUGAAAGUACCAGAGCUCAAAAAAUGCCAAAAGGGAUAGCAGAGCUUUGAAGGGUAGAUCAAGCUUUGAAUUAUCUGAUUCUCAGACUAAAAUGUCUACUCUUGCUGUCAGGAAGAGAGAAAGCAAGGUUACCCAGACAUCGACGAAGGAGCAUGAAGAUAGCUUAAACAACCAUAUGAAUAUGUGUAUAUUAGAUUCUUCGUAGUGCAAGUUUUCA